CUGUUUUGUGUUACAAUAGGAGAUAUUUGUUUGCUGCACUCGAACAUACCUUAGCGGCUACCCUAUAUAUUUGGGAUCUGGAUUCACAUUGCUUAAACGCCUCUUGGACUUGUCACCGCACUGAUCUUCAGUACAGAGAUGAACAUGCUGAUUUGUUUGCUGCUUGUGCUGGCUCUUGCCGCCUUGGGCGAGGGGAGAACUUUUGUGUUCGAGAACCAACGAGGGGAGACCAUAUGGGUGGGCGCCCUCGGAAAUGCAGGCGUGGCUCCUCCUAACGGCGGCGGCUGGGAAAUGGCUGCCGGUAGUUCGCUGACGCUCGAGCUGGACGACGCGUGGGCGGGCCGCUUCUGGGGCCGCACUGGCUGCUCGUUUGACGCGUCCGGAAGUGGCACCUGCCAGACGGGAGACUGCGGCGGAGUGCUGCAGUGCAACGGCGCCGGCGGCGUGCCUCCGGUCACGCUCGCCGAAGUCACCCUGGGCGGUUAUGGCGGCAACGACUACUACGACAUCAGUCUCGUCGACGGCUUCAACAUUCCCGUCACGAUGACUCCUACCGACGUGUCUGGCGGCGGUGACCACUACCGCUGCAACCCAGCGACCUGCCCAGCCAACGUGAACGCCCAGUGUCCCGCAGAGCUGCAGCAGGUGGUCAACGGAGCCGUCGUCGCUUGUAAGAGUGCGUGUCUCGCCUUCAACACCGACCAGUAUUGUUGUCGCGGCGCCUACGGUACCCCUGACACCUGCCAGUCCACCACUUGGCCAACGAACUACCCUGCCUUCUUCAAGGGACUCUGCCCUGAUGCCUACAGCUACGCCUAUGAUGAUGUUGCCAGCACAUUCACGUGCUCGAACACAGGCUACAGGAUCACCUUCAGCUGAAGCACAUAGCUGGUCGCCAAGUCUGAUCUGCUUCAGUAUUCAUGCUCCUUCUUAGCGCCUGUCGCGUAGUGCUAUGUAGUUGAUGAAUAAAUGAAUAAAUACAAACGAUUCAAAA